AUGGCCUACGAUCCUCGUGGGGAUCAUCACGACAGGCGAGGGCCGCCAGGAGACGGUCAGGACGGAGGCUUUAUUAGAGCUAGAGGACGACAUUAUGGCUCAACCGUCGCACACUGGAUGCGCAAUCGCGCGCCGGCAGACGGAGAUGUCUACACUGGCGAGGCUGAGAGGCCAAGUGCGAGCUUCAUCGUCGAUUUCACACCUCCUUCAGCCAGAAGAACAGAUCCUGGUGAUUCGAUACCCGUGAAGCACCUUCAUUCAUCACUGAACAAGAUCAAACAUCCUAUCAAUGUCGUCCGAUGGACACCAGAAGGCCGCCGUCUCUUGACGGCUUCCUCCAGCGGAGAAUUCACAUUAUGGAACGGCACCGGAUUCAACUUUGAGACCAUCAUGCAGGCUCACGACUCCGCCAUUAGAGCGCUAGCAUACUCUCACAACGACGACUGGCUCAUCUCCGCGGACCACGACGGCAGCGUCAAGUACUGGCAGCCUAACUUUAAUAACCUUCAGAGUAUUGCUGCACAUAACGACCCGAUCAGAGACCUCGCCUUCAGCCCGAACGAUUCCAAGUUCGUCACGGCAUGCGACGACUCGACAUUGAAGAUUUUUGACUUCGCAGGUGGAGUCGAAGAGUCGGUUCUCAAGGGGCACGGCUGGGACGCCAAGAGUUGUGAUUGGCAUCCCACCAAAGGUUUGUUGGUGUCGGGUUCAAAAGACCACGUGGUUAAGCUGUGGGAUCCGAGAACCGGCCGCUGCUUGACGACGCUUCACGGCCAUAAGAACACGAUUACCAAGACGCUCUUUGAGCGAGUUCAAGGAGAUUGCCUUGCAACCUCAGCAAGAGACCAAACUGCCCGCGUCUUCGAUCUCCGAAUGAUGCGAGACAUUUGCUUGUUGAAGGGACACGAGAAGGACAUCUCAACCAUCGCGUGGCAUCCCGUUCACUCGAAUUUCCUUAGCACUGGUGGACACGAUGGCUCUCUAUACCAUUACAUCCUAGACGAGCCGAACACGCCAGCUGGCCACACCACCAUCGCCCCGUACGACAGUUCGGACCCAACCACAACUAGCGCCCAGACCAUCUACCCAGCUCAUAAGGUCCCAUACGCACACGAUUUCGCGAUCUGGUCUCUGGACUGGCACCCGCUUGGUCACAUCCUGGCUUCUGGCUCGAACGACCGUAUCACCAGGUUCUGGUCCAGAAAGCGGCCGGGAGAUUCCGACGUCUUCCAGGACAGGUAUCACAUCGGAGAGGCGGCGGCCGAGGCUCAAGGAACCUGGGACCGUCGCGGAGGUCGUCGCCAAAGACAGGAAGAAGAGGAGCAGGAGAUGGAGGACGAAAUGGACGGCCUCGUCGACCAGAAGAUGCCGCUCAAGCAGCCAGUUGUCCCUGGUUUCCUCGGCUUGCCUGGGUUGCCUGGCCUGCCCGGUCUAUCUAUGCCACCGAAUGGCGCUGGCGGGCCUCCGGUACCGCCACCACCGAUGAUCCCAGGCGUUGGCGCAAACGGUGGAGCUCCCCCGCCGCUGCCGUUCCCUCUACCAGGCUUGCCUGGCCUGAACGGGGCUCCGCCACCGCCUAUCCAACUGCCUGGUGGCAUAGACCCGAGCAAUCCUGCCGACCUUGCAAAGAUCGCCGAGAUGAUCCAGAAGGCCGGAGGCACGCUCCCUCCUCCACCGCCCGGCGGUUUCCCUCCCGGUAUGGUCCCGCCGCCAAAUUUUGUAACACCACCCGGAUUCCCUCCCAUGCCUAUGCCGCCGCCCGGAGCUGACCUUAACGGGCACGACCGCGGGGGCAGGAGAGCUCCUUUGCCCAGUCAGGAGGAGAGUCUCAAGGCGGAGCAGCGACGCGGCAACUAUACGAGAAUUCGUUAG